CGGGGUCUUGUGGCUCGUCGCCUGUUAGGGGGCGGCCGCCAGGAAACCGACAACAUGAAGGUGAUGGUCCGGGCUGUGCUGCUCGUGCUCUUGUCCACUCCUUUUCUGGUGGUCGUGGAGCCCAUCGGUAUGGGCACUUUUGUUACCGGCCUCUUCACCAAACUGUACUGCAAGUUCCAGGUGUGUUGUGAUGACGAGGGCGUGAAACUCAACCUGACAGGUUUGAAGAUGGACUUGGAUAACAAACUAUUUGGACAACAUAUUGCCAAGCAAGUUGUUUUGAAGGCUGUUGAUAGUUUCUUCACAAAUCCAAACCCUAAAAAACCUCUAGCUUUGGCUCUACAUGGCUGGACUGGGACAGGCAAAAGCCUGAUUAGUAAAAUAAUAGCUGAGAACAUUUACACGAAUGGACUGCAGAGUGCAUAUGUUCAUCUGUUUAUCUCCACUGUGCACUUCCCUCACACUAAAUAUCUCAGCCACUAUAAGGAGCAGCUGCAGAAAUGGAUCCAUGGUAAUGUGUCCACGUGUGACAGGUCCAUGUUCAUUUUUGAUGAAAUGGACAAGAUGCAAACAGGCCUUAUUGAUGCCAUUAAGCCUUAUUUGGAGUACUAUGAUAACAUUGAUGGAGUGGUGUACCGGAAGGCGAUUUUCAUUUUUCUGAGCAAUGCCGGUGGAGAGAGGAUUACUGAGAUUGCACUGGACUUUUGGCGCAGAAGAAGCAAAAGGGAGGAAAUUCAAUUGAAAGAUCUUGAAAGUAAACUGUCUAUCACAGUCUUCAAUAACAAAAACAGUUUGAAGAUGGACUUGGAUAACAAACUAUUUGGACAACAUAUUGCCAAGCAAGUUGUUUUGAAGGCUGUUAAUGGUUUCUUCACAAAUCCAAACCCUAAAAAACCUCUAGCUUUGUCUCUACAUGGCUGGACCGGGACAGGCAAAAACCUAAUUAGUAAAAUAAUAGCUGAGAACAUUUACACGAAUGGACUGCAGAGUGCAUAUGUUCAUCAGUUUAUCUCCACUGUGCACUUCCCUCACCCUAAAUAUCUCAGCGACUAUAAGGAGCAGCUGCAGAAAUGGAUCCGUGGUAAUGUGUCCACGUGUGCCAGGUCCAUGUUCAUUUUUGAUGAAAUGGACAAGAUGCAAACAGGCCUUAUUGAUGCCAUUAAGCCUUAUUUGGAGCACUAUGAUAAAAUUGAUGGAGUGGUGUACCGGAAGGCAAUUUUCAUUUUUCUGAGCAAUGCCGGUGGAAAGAAGAUUACUGAGAUUGCACUGGACUUUUGGCGCAGAGGAAUCAAAAGGGAGCAAAUUGAAUUGAAAGAUAUUGAAAGUAAACUGUCUAUCGGAGUCUUCAAUAACAAAAACAAUUUUAGCAUCUACAGUUUUAUUUGUUUUCCAUCAAAGGUGGAUUCUGGCACACCAGCCUCAUUGAUUGUAACGUGAUUGACUACUUUGUCCCAUUCCUUCCUCUGGAAUAUAAACAUGUCAAGUUGUGUGUCAAGGAAGAACUGGUAGCCAGGGGUUAUCAGGCGAAUGAGGAAAUUAUUACUGCUGUAGCUGAUGACAUGACAUACUUU